AUGGGUGCUCUCGACAGACUUUCUCAGCUGGGCAACCAGAUCUCCGGCGGCGCCUCCGCAGGCGGCAAGGCCAAGCUCCUGGAGAAGAACCCCGAUGAUAUCGUCGUUACCGCUGCCCUCCGGACGGCCAUCACAAGAGGUGGAAAGGGUAGCUUCAAGGACACAGCCGCCGCCGACCUGAUGGCUGGUGCCCUCAAGUCCAUCAUCGAGCGCUCCAAGAUCAACCCCGCCCUGGUCGAGGAUAUCGUUGUCGGCACCGUCCUCGCCCCCGGUGGUGGCGCCACCGAGAUGCGCGCUGCCGCUCUUGUUGCCGGCUUCCCCGACUCCACCGCCGUCCACACCCUCAACCGCCAGUGCUCUUCCGGUCUCCAGGCCUGCGUUGACAUUGCCAACGCCAUCCGCUCCGGCCAGAUCGAGGUCGGCAUCGGCGCCGGUGUCGAGUCCAUGUCCACUCAGUAUGGCCCCGGCGCCGUGACCGAGUUCUCCGAGCUCCUCGAGAGCCACCCCGAGGCUGCCAACUGCAAGGUCCCCAUGGGUGUCCUCUCUGAGCAGAUGGCCAAGGCCAAGGGCGUCACCCGUGCCGUCCAGGAUCAGUUCGCUGCCGCUUCCUUCCAGAAGGCCGUCAAGGCCCAGAAGGCUGGUCUCUUCAAGGAGGAGAUCGCUCCCCUCAAGGUCAAGUACGAGGACCCCAAGUCCGGCGAGACCAAGGAGAUUGUCGUCGACAAGGACGAUGGCAUCCGUGAGGGUGUCACCGUCGAGUCCCUCGGCAAGAUCCGUGCUGCCUUCGCCAAGGACGGCAGCAUCCACGCCGGCAACGCCUCCCAGGUUUCCGACGGUGCCGCCGCCGUUCUCCUCAUGAAGCGCUCCACCGCCGAGAAGCUCGGCCAGACCAUCCUCGGCAAGUACGUCAACGCUUCCAUCGUUGGUGUGCCCCCUCUUCUCAUGGGUCUCGGCCCCUGGAAGGCCAUCCCCAAGGUGUUCGAGCUCACUGGCAUCACCAAGGAGGACGUUGACAUCUUUGAGAUCAACGAGGCUUUCGCCUCUCAGUGCCUCUUCUGCGCCAACGAGCUUGGCAUCCCUGCUGAGAAGAUCAACCCUAAGGGUGGUGCCAUUGCUUUCGGCCACCCUCUCGGCUGCACCGGUGCCAGACAGGUGUCCACCCUCCUCUAUGAGCUCAAGAGGACAAACCAGAAGAUUGGUGUCACUUCCAUGUGCAUUGGUACUGGUAUGGGUAUGGCUGCUGUCUGGGUUGCCGAGUAA